UGACCAUACAAGGACUACCCGGCCUGGAUUUCGCGUCGUGUUUGCGAUGAUCAGGUCAGAAUGUGCAUCUAGAUGUCUCGAGGAUCUACUCAGUAUCAUCAAAGGCAUUCUGCAUUUCUGGUUCUGCACUCUCAAUCUCAUGCCAGUCAUCUGCCUCUGGCCGCGCCACCAUGAUCACGGCAUGGCCAUGCACAUGUCCAGACGUGAUGCCCGAUACGAGCGUUCUGAUCCGGCUACCCGCAAAGCCGGUAAAACCUCCGUCACUCGCUUCAGGCCUAGUCUUGUUUUGUAGAUGCAAAGCGGUUGUCUGAGCACUUGAUUUUCCGAUUCUGCUCCUUGAACUUGUUGAAGUUGAAGAGCUCCAGAUCCCUGUGUGUCUUAGCUGCUCCACUCGGAGCUGCCGCGAUACUGUAAUGUGGUUAGUGAUACGUUUGUCCACCACCAUCGAUCCAUCAGCCCAGGAUACGUCAGGACUGGGUACGGACAUACCGUCGAGUCCAAAGGAAUACUCCGAAUAGCGAGACGUCCGCUAAUAGUAUUAGUAAUAGAAAACUCAUCAUUCCGCAGCAUGCUAGCAGUGGACAGAUCCUCAUCGCCCAUAGCAAUGAGGAGUCCUGGCGCUGCAAGUACCAUUGGCAUUGGGCGUUGCACUGUGCGAGAAGGCUAUACUAUAGCGCUGGUCCUGACUCAGCACUGGUGCGUGAGCGUGGUAGAGUGGUGUUGUCGAAAGCAAUGUGCUUGUCAACGGUUGCGAAGAGAAGCAGAAAGAAACAUGGUUACCUCUGCGCUGUGGACGACUGGAUUGCUUGUGCUAGUGGUGUGCUGUUAUAAUGGAGCGUGCAGCGCUGCAGUGCCAACGGACCAAGCCACAGGCGAGAGUGCGGAGAACUCGUCUCUCUCCGGAACAGAUCGCCUGUGCAUCAAGAUCACAACCGACAUAUUGUACAGACCCAUUAUGUCUGUUCGACUGACACUGCCCACGAAACCACUGUCAACACUGAUUGCGCUGGGAGAAACACAGCCACUGAGUGCGUCCCAGUUCAUAAGCCAGAUCACCAUGAAUCUGACUGCCACCUAUUAUCUGUGGAACGAUGAUGCCAACACUGGUAUCGGCGGUAACGCCAGCACAAGCACUGGCACUGGCACGGCCAUGGACAGCAACAGCGGCAAUACCACCGUGAACACCACAGACACAAUGAACAACACUGCGAAUACCAUGAAUAUCAGCAGCGAAAGUGGAGGGUUUGCCACCAGCAGUGACGAUGAUGUCUCCACCACAUUGGUGCAGUUUUUAACGUUUCCCACUGAACAAGGCCCCAGACUACGCGGUAUCAACUGCUCGUAUGGCGAGUACCUUACGUUAAAAAGAAAUGAUGAUACUUGUGCCAGGCUGAGAUGUGGCAUAUUUCCAGUGCCGCCAACUCAGGGGGAGACGGUUGUCAAAGAUGUGGACCUUUCGGCAUUGAUUCGGGGACGCGGCGUGGACAUUUCCUGUGACCCCGGCUAUGCUCUGACUGCUAUUGUGAACAAGGAGCUGUGCUUAGUCGGAGACUUGCAGACUGCAUGCGUCACCAUCCACUGCCAGAAACUACCUGCUGAACUGUACCCAACCGAGCCCGAUGAUCUGGAUCUCCCUGGCUAUGAGCUGGAAACGAAGAGUCUGUUUGAACUGUUGGCCGUGGAAGAAAAGUUCUCGUCGCGAGCCAUUGAGAGCUCUCUCCGUGCCGCGCGCUAUCUUUCAGAUUACCUACGCAGUUACAGUGCAGUGGUACUUGGUAACCAUGGUGAUGAGACGUCAAUACCAGCGCAAGACGUGGGUGCCAAUCCUGUGAUGACGUCGCAGCUCAUAUUCUCAGCGUCCACUUUGGUGAUCGACAGUCUUGAAGCUUUCGGAGUGGUCUAUCCUCCUCUGGACCAGCUCUCAUUGACGUUUGCUACAAAGCAAGUUUCCCAGACACUGAUAGAUGUUGUUGCCGAUGAAAUCAGUGGAGUGGUCUAUUCCAUUUAUCCCAACUCGAGUGCGGAGACGGAUAUGUUAAACAUUGACCUUUCAGCGGCCACACACGAGGCAAUCCAGUACUCGGAAUCCUCGAAGGAGAAACUUGUUUCCGAAGAAGAGCUCGAGGAAGUCUUCAUGGCAGUAGAGGUAACCGCCGAGGCUCUGAUGGUGUCGGGAUGUCAUGUAAUGCAGCCUCCUCAAUCGGAUGCCAACUGCACACGGCGUAUUCAAAUGAACGUGUUUGAGGACGAGGCACUGUUUGCGACGUCACUGCGCGCAUCCUACGGCAACGGCUCUGACAUCGGUGUACUGAACAGUGCGGUGGUUGGCGUGGUGCUCAACAACUGGUCUGUGAUACAGCUUGACGACCAGCAGCGCGCCAUCAGUAUUAAGUUCCUUCCGCAAAAACAGGCCACUGCAAGCGAGAGUCAUCGAUGUGUUUACUGGAACUUCACACACAAUGGAGGUCGAGGCGGCUGGAGUGACAAUGGUUGCUGGUUGCAUCAUGUGAAGGCUGGCUAUGUGACGUGCAGCUGCAAUCAUCUGACCAACUUUGCCAUCCUGCUCACGCCGCAUGCCGUCAUAAGCACGGAGCUGAGCAUCGUCACAUACAUUGGUGUUGGCAUCGCUCUGGUGUCUGUUCUGCUGACGAUGCUCAUUCAGCUACUUGCUGUCUAUUCUCUGGAUCACGGCAACGCAAAGGUUCAGGAUUUGCUCCAUCAGUGCUUCAUUCUCUUUGGUCUCUGUGUACAAAUCGUGGGUGCCCACGCCUUCUUCCUCGUCCAAGCAAACUCUGAGCCAGGGCAUCUGUCCUGCUGGAUUUCAGUGGUUGCCGUGCACUAUUUUGCGCUUACGAUGUUCUUCUGGACUGCUCUGGAAGGCUUUUCCAUCCACCGCGGUGUUGCGAAAGCUUUCGAUGCUCCACCGAGGCACUUCAAGAGCAAAUCGAUGCUAUUUGCACAAGGGCUACCAGCAGCCAUCGUAGGAAUUGCUACAGGACUGACGCGGACAUCCUAUAUCGACGCAGAACGCUGCCGCAUUGACCAGGGGGUGGUGUUCUAUGCUGCCUUCUUGGCACCCAUUUCGUUGAUGAUCCUGUUCAACCUACUGGUCUUCAUACAUGUCCAGUGGACAUUGCACAAGGUUGCAAAGAGAAUCGCCAAGGAGAAUCAGAAGAUCGGACGGCAUGCUCAACGGGUCCGUGCCGCGAUGGGAAUCUUCUUCAUCCUGGGCCUGGGCUGGCUGCCUGGCUAUGCGCUGGUCGCUCUAGACAAGCCGCUGGAAGUAAUGCAGUGGGUGUUCAGUAUACUGGUCACGUUCCAAGGUGUGGUGCUCUUCGCCACACAGGUACAGAGCAAGGGACAGCUUGUCCAACGCACCAUCAGCAACGUAUCGCUCAAGUCUAUGAUGGUGGCCAGGUCACAGCAAACCUCGUCCAGCAGGAAAUCCUCCUCGUCAAAGUCCUAUUCGCAGGAGGAAGCGCCGAACCCAGCCGUGCGGUGUAGCUCUCCAGCGCCCAUCAAGUACGCGCGUGGCCUCUCCGAUCUCACCAUCCUGCAGGACAAGACAUCGCUGCAAUCUGCACCGACGCCCGAUCCAUCUGACACGGGUGAUGCUGACUCACAAGGGAGCACAAGCGCUGGCAGCAAAUCGAAUAAAUCCACUCCUAGCAGUAUACGACGGGUUGUGGAAGAUGAAAGCGGCGAAGAUGAGGAGCGAGAACAUUGCCGAGGUUCAUCAUCAUCAUCAUCAUCAUCAUCAUCAUCAUCAGUACCUUCCAGCAAGACGGCAUCGCUUGAUUCAGCAUCCUCCACUAAGCCACUAACAGGCCGGGAGAGGUGAGAUGAUGCGGUCAAGUUUACUCGUUUGUCCUGUUUUCUUCUGCUCAUAUGUUAUGGCAUAGUUUGCCAUGUGACUCCUUAACUCUCCUCCCCCCCCCCCCCCCCACACACUCCCCUAUUCGACAGGCCCCUACAUAGUGGGUGCAGAGAAAGCCACUAUAUUAUUGAUUUCUGUGCGUAUCAAUAUUGAUUGCUCAAAGUGGUGCAGUGUCUUGAUAGCUUUGGCUUCUGUAGAUGUUCGGUAACGUUUGUCUAAUAUCUCGACUUGAUCUAGCAAUGUGAUUGAAAGUUAUACAUUGAUCCUUAUAAAGCAUGGUUUACCACUCCAUCCGGGUACAUGUACGUUGAUGACCAAUAUAUUUUUUAUAAAGAUAAUUCGACACCUAAUCCAGGUAUAUUUCGGGACAAGAAGUGACUGGUGUCAAAUCUCCAAUCAGCAUAAUUAUCUAUUCACUUCAUCACAUGCUUCUAAUUAUUGUGAUGUCUUCUCUAUUACUACUUUGUGAAAUACUGCACGGCAUGUACCAUCUUGUAUAUUAUUCAACUGACUUGUAGCUACA